CAAAAUUCUCCCAUCUCCUAUACGUAACGUAAAACAUUCAUUCAUGUGAAACUUAACAAGCUCCAUCAAUUCUACUGAAAUGCCUUCAAGACGAUUCUAAGAAAUGCGCCCACGCCGUGUGAGUCAAUAGGCCAACCCACCUGCUUAUAUAAUCACGAAGUGACGGGGACAAGGGUACCUGAUAAGAUCGCGAUAGCAGCCACAAAAAUCGCGGGGCAGAACGACGGACGGGCCUGGCUGGAUACACACCCUGGUAUAUCAACAUACAAGAUGACCAACAUCGCCGACGACGAGUCCACGGAGGCAAUUAUCGUGGCAAGCUGCAAGCAGACGCGCUUCCACAUAUCUGACACCGAUAAGUCUACAGAGAUCGAUAUUGCUGGGCUUAGUCUUGGUAUUGCACCCUCUGGAGCCGCUGGGAAAGCGAAGAAAGGAAAGGGCAAGACAGCUUCUGCCCAAGAAAAAGAGCUUCUUGUCAAUGCCGAGCUAAGAUUGAAGUCUGGCAUUCACUAUGCGCUGCUGGGGCGCAAUGGGAGUGGGAAGUCAACAAUUCUUCGAGCCCUCGCAGACAGGAUAAUCCCCGGUCUUCCACCUUCUCUCCGUGUCGCCAUCCUUCAGCAGACGAGCACAGAUGCUGAAAACCUCUCCCCUGCAAAGGAUGGACCCAGUACCUCUGCGCCAGAAGACACAACAGUGUUGCAACAUGUCAUCGAAGGAGACCAGUCACGCACUGCUCUAAUCCAGGAUCUACAAGCCUUGGCAGGAACAGAUUCAGAUCGUGAAGAUGUUAUAAAACAGGUUCGAAGGUAUCGCCAGAUGCGUUAUAACCGCCUGAACCGUGAUCUGCUGGAGGUGCAGAAUAAUGCGUAUCGACGGAGUGGAGCGCGUGGGUCACAGGCCAGAAAAGACCUCAUCGCAUUUGAGAAGGAGGUUGCGGAAGCAACGGAGAAGCUUGCAGAAGAAAUCGCAGACCCCGACUCCCCUGCUAUCCAAGACGAAUUCCUCACUGCGUCGUCCCUGCUUGUCGACCUUGAAGCCGAGCUGGAAACUAUGCCUCUACCAGCCCUGGAAACCCGCGCCCGUUCCAUCCUUACAGCUCUCGGCUUCACCGAAGCCACCCUCGCCAAAUCCAUCCCCACUCUCUCAGGAGGCUGGCGCAUGCGCGCCGCUCUCGCGCGCGCCCUCCUCCAAAAAGCCGACCUACUAAUCCUCGACGAACCCACCAAUUUCCUCGACCUCCGUGCCAUCAUCUGGCUCCAAUCGCACCUCAUCGCCCUGCGCGAUAGCCAAGCCGGGACUACGGUGCUCCUAGUCUCUCACGACCGCGAGUUUGUGGACAGUGUCGCUGAGGAGGUUAUCCUGGUAAAGGAGCAGAGCCUCGAGUAUUUCCGUGGCAAUCUCUCAGCGUACGAAGAGGACUUUCGGUCACGAGUGCUGAACUUGACGAGGAUGCAGGAGGCGCAGGGGAAGGAGACAGCGAGGUUGGAGAAGUCAAUUCGGGAGACGAUUAAGGUGGGGAAGAAGACUGGGGAUGAUAAUAAGCUCCGUAUGGCGAAGUCGCGGCAGAAGAGACUUGAAGAUGGCGCGGGGAUGCAGGUUAAUGAGAAGGGACAGCGGUUUAAACUGUCUGAUAGGAUGGGCUGGUUCGACAGCAAACACGCCGCCAUCGAAAUCCCCAAAGACGAACAAGGCGUCGCCAUCUCUCUCCCCCCCGCCCCCGACCUCCGCUUCCCCGGCCCCCUCAUCUCCCUCGAAGACGUCUCCUACCGCUACGCCCCCACCUCCCCCCUCGUCCUGCAGAACAUAACCCUCUCCCUCCACUUCGGCGAUCGCAUCGGCAUCGUCGGGCUUAACGGCGGGGGGAAGACGACGUUGCUUAACCUGCUUACUGAGAGUCUGCGCCCGAAUAAGGGGGUGGUGACGAGGCAUCCGAGGUUGAAGUUGGGGUAUUAUUCGCAGCAUGCUGUGGAGGAUUUGCAGACGCUUGGGCGUGCGGACGCGGGGUUGACGGCGUUGAGGCUGUUGGCGGAGGAUUCGGCGGGGGAGUUGGCGGAGCAGGAGAUGAGGGGGUUGUUGGGGUCGUUUGGGUUGCAGGGACGGACGGCGUCGGAUGUGCCGAUUGCGAAGUUGUCGGGGGGACAACUUGUCCGCCUUGCGCUCGUCCGUAUCCUUUGGUCCCGUCCUAACCUCCUUAUUCUUGAUGAAGUGACUACCCAUCUCGAUUACCGCACUGUCAUUGCCCUUGGUGAGGCACUGAUAGACUAUAAUGGCGCGGUGGUGCUGGUGACGCACGAUCGGUAUCUUGUUCGUCGCGUGGUGGAAGGAGAGGUGUUCACAGACGACGGAGAUGAUGAAGGCGGUCGAGGGGAGGAGGAAGAGGAUAACAGGAGGAGAGUGGUGUAUUCGCUGAGCGGGGGGAAGAUGAAGGUUUUGGAGAAGGGGAUGGAGGGGUUCGUGAGGGUGAUGGAGAAGAGGGUCGCGAAGAUGGGGAUUUAAAGUGAGUGAGUUGACUCUCUUGUGGAUGGGCGGUGUAAAUAGGAGUUGUGAUGGGGAUUGGUAUCAUAUCGGAUAUCCACCAUGUCAGCGAUUUUAUCCCGAUUUACGACCCGCGCUUCUUACGAAUGGCGGUCUUCACCCAACUCUUCACGACCUUACACAAGCAGCCCGGCUCCUGCUCUUCUUCUGUGUCUUCAGGCACACGUUCAACCCUUUCAACCCGUUCAACUCCCCUCGCCUCUUCAAGCGUAGAAUGUCCAUACCGCCCCCCCUCAUACGGAUUCUCCUCCGGCGGCGGGGACCUGAUCUCGCUGAGACGGGUGUACGUGCCUGGGAGUGUAUACUGCGCGUCUUCCGGUGGCGAUGAUGGAUGGGGUGUGGUGGGCAUUAGUGGGAUAGUCCUACGCGGGCGGUCAGGAGUGGUAGAGGAGGCGGUCUGGAGAUGUGUGAUCGACUGAGACGAAGAGAAGGGGGUGUGGUGAUGUCAUUGCCAGGUUGGAGGAUAUGGGGGAGA